AUUCCCAAUCAAAAUCCUUAUUGGCAUUCAGCUGGGAGAAUAAACAGGGCCAUUGAAACCCUCUUCGAUAUGCCUAAUUACAAAAGCUGGCCAAGUGUGAAAACCUUGAACUUUGUGUUGAAUUUGCUAGUCUCAACCAAACAAUUUGAUGUUUUGCACGACAUUUACAUGGGAGCUUCGGAGUUGGGUGUAGAGAUUGACGCUUGUUGUUUGAAUAUCAUCAUUAAAGGGUUGUGUGGGUGUGGGCAGAUGGAAGCUGCUUUCUCCGUGCUUGAUGAAUUUCCUAAGCAAAAAUGCAGGCCUAAUGUGCGUACCUUUUCGACUAUGAUGCAUGGGCUUUGUGAGCGUGGUCAUCUUGAUGAAGCCUUUAAUUUGUUGGAAAGGAUGGAAAUGGAGGGUGUGGAGCCAGAUGCAAUAGUGUUUAACAUCUUGAUUUUGGGGCUCAGGAAACGAGGAAGAGUUGAAGAGGGGAUUAAGCUUUUCGACAAGAUGAUGCUAAAAGGAUGUGAUCCAAAUUCGGGGACUUAUCAAGAGGUUUUGUAUUGUUUGCUUGAUGCGAAGAGGUUUGUUGAAGCAAAGGAUUUUAUGAGGAAGAUGAGUGACAGAGGGUUGAUAACGAGCUUUGAGUCUUAUAAGUUGGUGAUACAUGGUUUUUGUAGUGAGAAUCUUGGGGAAGAUUUAGAUUGGGCGUUGAGGCAAAUGAUAAGGCAUGGAUUUGGGCCAAAAAUGGGAAUAUGGAAGCGAGCUCUUCAUUGUGUUUUCUUGAAUAGUCAUAUGAUUAAUCCUGAUCAUAUUUAUUACGAAGAAAUCAUAAAAAAUUAGUCAUGUAAGAACCCAAAGAUCAUCACAUUGUUUAAUUGUUGCUCUUUGUCCUAUCAAAAUAGUUGACAGAUCUAUGUCUAGACUCUGGACAGGGAGUGUCUUCCAUUUCUCUAGUUCAUAUUGAAACAACUGAGAGGAGAUGAGCCCAUUCAAUGAGUGAGGUUGAGAUCUCAAUCCAACUUUUGACAAGCACAGAUUCAAAUUUAUUUAUACUGUCGAUGUAGUGUGUCCAUUGCUUGCACCUUCCUGCAGGAAACAGAACAUAUUACUACCUACAAGUCCAGGAAUAAAAGGAACAUAUGAAGAAUGUGAUGAUUAUUCAGUUUAUCCAGCAAAUGUUAGGAUGUUUUCAAGAAUUGCCAUAGAAACAUAAAGCCAUGUAACUAUUUUUUUUCCUAGUGUAAGAAUAUAGGUGGAGAUCUUCCCAGUAGAUUUAAAUGAAGGAAAUGUAAUAGGCA